CUUUAGAUCCUGAGGAAGACUAGAACGCCAGUUCGAGUUAAACUGUAUCUCCAACUACAGAUCUGUCUCAGAUUUCUCGAUCCGUUAAGUUGUUUCUUUGCCCUGACUUGCAUCUGAUCGCUCCGAAAAUGUCACUUACACUUGUCUCCUCAAUCUUGGAGUUAAUAGAAAGAGUUGUAACUGCAGCACCAUUGGGAGGGGUGAGGCUGAGGGGAGAUUUAGAAAAUGAACCCCAAAGUCUUAGGGGAAACCUUGUGGCCUUAAAUGCUAUCCUUGAGGAUGCAGCACAAGCGACAAGGAUUGGCAGAAUCAGUGAUCCUUGGUUAGAUGGGCUUACAGAUGCAGCCUAUGACUUGGUGGAUAUGUUGGACGAGUGGAUCACUACACACGGGGUUGGAAAAACUUCUAUUCGGAAGGCUUGGGUAGGCUCCUCCGUCCCCCACUGUUUACAUACUGCCCAAGUUGUUAGGCAUGAUGAUCUUGCUUUCAAAUUAAAGGAAUUCCGUGACAGUCUAGUUCAGAUUACCAAUGAUAGAGAGGAGUUUUUAUUAAUAUCAGGUUCUUUGUUUCAACACAGCAGACGGAUUGGGGGUACAGCUCUUGUUGAUUUGUCAGCUAUAAUUGGUCGAGAUGAGGUUAAGGGAGACAUUGUAAGCAGUUUGUUGUCUGCGUCCACUGAACGACUUAAGACAAUUUCUGUUGUUGGCAUGGGUGGGGUGGGAAAGACAGCUAUAGCUCAACUUGUUUACCGGGAUGAGGUGGUUAAGCAGCAUUUUGAUCAUAGAAUAUGGGUUCGUGUCUCAAAUGUAUUUGACGAGAAUGAUGUUGCCAAAACAAUAAUUAAAGGAGUUGAGCAUGUUAAAAGAUUUGAAGGAGCGGACUCCCUUGAUUCAUUUCCACUUUCUGCCCUUCUUGAUAGAAUUUGUAGAUCUAUCCACGGAAAGAAAUUUUUUCUUGUGUUGGAUGAUGUGUGGGGAGAUGACAUGCGACACUGGGAAGGACUGAUCCAGACUUUCAAACAUGGUGCCCCAGGGAGUAGGAUUUUGUUAACUACUCGUAAGGAUACAGUGGCAAACAUGAUGGAGGACUCUCAUGUCAUUCAUUUGGAACCGUUAUCUGAUGAACAGUGUUGGAUGGUGGUUAGUCGAGGUGCAUUUUCUGGAAGGG